AAAAAAAACCCCCAAUUUCAUCACAAACCAAAAACCCGACCACAGGAGCAGCAACGAAAGCGAACUGCACCAUGGCAAUCGACAGCAGUCGGCGGUCGGAAUCGCCCGAGUUCUCACCGCUGGCCAUCGACGCCGACCUGACCCCGCUGCCAGAGUACAAGGAGGCGGGCACGACGACGCUCGACUUUGACGGCCUGCUCUCGGCACCGCUCCAGCUUCACGAGGACCUCAGCUCGGGCUGCGGCGGCCAGCUGUGGCCGGCGGGCAUGGUGCUCGCCACGCACAUGCUGCGCUACCACCGAGACAGGCUCGCUGACGCAAGAAUACUCGAGCUGGGCGCCGGAGGCGGCCUCGUCUCGCUCGCCGUGGCGCGAGGGUGCCAGGACAUCAAAACCCAAAUCCUCGUCACGGACCAGGAGGAGAUGUUUUCUCUGAUGGAGCACAACAUCCGCCUCAACGGCGUGGAGGCCCGUGCCAAGGCCAUGUUGCUGAACUGGGGCGAAGAGCUCCCGCAAGAGGUCGUCGAGAGUCGGCCGAACGUGAUUCUCGCUGCCGAUUGCGUCUACUUCGAGCCAGCAUUCCCGCUGCUGCAGAAGACCAUGGCGGACCUGCUGACGCUCUGCCCGGAGGCGACCAUAUACUUCUGCUUCAAGAAACGCCGCCGGGCCGACAUGCAGUUUCUCAAGAAGGCGCAGAAGUUGUUCUCGGUCGUCGAGGUCGCGGAUCAGGCCCGCCCCGUCUUCAGUCGUGAGGGCCUGUUUCUCUAUGCCAUAUCAAGCAAGCAGAGGCAGCAACUUGGCGGUGGCGGCGGGAAAAAUACGGGGAAUCAAUAGCUCAGUUACGUCAGGAUGUCGCCAGCCGUCUGUGGUGGGUUGAGCUCUCAUUUUGUCAUGUUGUGCCCCUCGGAUUUACCUGUUUUGAUGCGGAGAGCCAAGUCCCAUCCAGCACCUUCUCGAUCGCUUGGCGGGUUUGCCAGCUCCCGCAGCGAGGAGUGGAACUUACCUAAUGGCAUCCAUCCCCAGCAGCAAAGCAGAAUUGCGUUUCCUGCUGUUGGUCUUUGCCACACAGAUGGAGCCCAGUCAACCAGUGAGCCCAUUUCUCCACGUCGCCAUUCCUCAUGAAGCACGACUCGGUCCAGCCUGCCGGCCCCGAUUUCGACGGCGGUUCCCCUGUCGUAUUCCCCGCCCGGAAGGGCGGUAGUGUCUGCAUGGGGACGUGUCCUUCGCGACUUGUGACGCCCGAGUGAUGGAUGGCAGGUGGAGGCGAGAGGGAGGGUGUGCAUAGGACGGGCAUAAAAACAACGCAAGUGCACAAAACAGGACAUCAGGGAAAGUGUGGUGACUCGGCGGCGCGCCAGAAUAUUACGAAACAUCCAUCCUCGUCCUGCUCACCCUUCCUAAUGUCGUGGCUCUGGCGACC